AGACAGGGCGGUGCUGCUGUGCAGCCAUCUUUGGUCCAUUAGAUCCGAGCUGUGCUAGAGGCAGAGGAGCUCCCCCCCGGGCACCGACUCAGGAUGGAUGAAGAGUACGAUGUUAUUGUGCUGGGCACCGGCCUGACAGAAUGUAUCCUGUCUGGUAUUAUGUCUGUCAAUGGAAAGAAGGUCCUGCACAUGGACAGGAACCCCUACUAUGGCGGAGAGAGCUCUUCCAUCACCCCUCUGGAGGAGCUUUAUAAAAGGUUUGAGAUCCCCGAUGCACCCUCUGAGAGCAUGGGAAGAGGACGUGACUGGAACGUGGACCUGAUCCCCAAGUUUCUCAUGGCUAAUGGCCAGCUGGUGAAGAUGCUUCUAUACACUGAAGUUACUCGUUAUUUGGACUUCAAAGUGGUGGAAGGGAGCUUUGUCUACAAAGGAGGGAAGAUCUACAAGGUGCCAUCCACCGAGACUGAGGCCCUGGCAUCCAACCUCAUGGGCAUGUUUGAGAAGCGGCGUUUCCGCAAGUUCUUGGUUUUUGUGGCCAACUUUGAUGAGAAUGACUCAAAAACAUUUGAAGGAGUGGAUCCCAAGAGCACAACCAUGAGAGACGUCUACAAGAAAUUCGACUUAGGCCAGGACGUCAUUGACUUUACAGGACACGCUCUGGCCCUUUAUCGAACUGAUGAAUAUCUGGAUCAGCCUUGCCUUGAAACUAUCAAUCGUAUCAAACUAUACAGCGAGUCUUUGGCGAGAUAUGGGAAGAGCCCCUACCUGUACCCUUUGUAUGGACUUGGUGAACUGCCACAAGGGUUUGCUCGGCUGAGCGCAAUCUAUGGUGGAACAUACAUGUUAAACAAGAGUGUAGAUGAGAUUGUAAUGGAGAAAGGAAAGGUGGUGGGAGUAAAGUCAGAGGGAGAGGUGGCACGUUGCAAGCAACUUAUUUGCGACCCCAGCUACAUUUCUGACCGAGUACGCAAGGCUGGUAAGGUAAUCCGCCUCAUCUGCGUCUUGAGUCAUCCCAUCAAGAACACCAACGAUGCCAACUCUUGCCAAAUCAUCAUUCCACAGAACCAGGUCAACAGGAAAUCAGACAUCUAUGUGUGUAUGAUCUCCUACGCACACAAUGUGGCUGCACAAGGAAAGUAUAUUGCUAUCGUCAGCACCACGGUGGAAACACAGGAGCCUGAGAAAGAGAUUGAGCCAGCCCUAGAGCUGCUGGAGCCUAUAGACCAAAAGUUUGUUGCAAUCAGUGACCUGUAUGAACCUACUGAAGAUGGAACAGAAAGCCAGGUGUUCUGUUCACGUUCCUAUGAUGCCACCACACAUUUUGAGACUACAUGCAAUGACAUCAAGGACAUCUACAAGAGAAUGACUGGAACAGACUUUGACUUCGAGAACAUGAAACGCAAGCAGAAUGACGUUUACGGGGAGGACGAACAGUGAAUUGGGCAUUUGGCUGGGGUAGGGUGGGAUAGCAAUGAGUUGAAAAGGAAAAACAACUACAUUUUUUUUUUCCCCCGGAAAAGAGGGUUGGUCUGAAAUUUUAGAACAAGCAUGUGGGGGGAAUCAUGGUAUGUGAUGAAGCUGGGAAUGGAGGUUACCUAGUACCAGUAAACAAAGAAACAUAGCUAAAUCUUCCAUUCUCCCUUUUGUCCUCAUGAUUCCAGUUUAACUUUUUAAGCCUUGGGCUAACACUGUGGUGGAGCUUCAACCUCCUAGUUCCUCUGGCGGGGUUCAGUUCUCAAAAUGUUAUCUCAGCUGUACAAGCAGCCAUACACUUGGUUUUACAUUUUUUAGCACACUUAGCCCAGGUUGUCCCUCAUCUCACAACUGAGUGUGAACAUAUAUGUAUAAAGUGCUUACUGAUUCUUGUUACUUAACCUUGCCCUACUUACUCUGACAUAUUCAUGGUCAGAGUAACUUGCAGAUGGGUCUUCUGAUAACUGGCAAAGGCUUAUAUUAACAAAUAGAUCAGCUAGAUAUUACAAUUGUUUGUGUUGUCAGUCUUUCACUAUGCCUCUUACCAAUGUCACUCAACAUUCCAGCAUUGUGACAGGAUUCUAGUGUCCUAAGUCAUUGAUUCCCUACUUUUUCAUACUUUUAAGGUCCAAAAGCAAGAUAAAGCCUUGCAGUUGGAGGAUCUUUGUACAUUUACAUAACUUUUCUAGUUUCCAUAUAUCCUGUUGAUUUAAUCUCCAUGGCUUGUUGUCUUCUUGUGAAGAUCUUUCCAACAAAAACUAGACUUUAAGUCUUUCCCAGUCAGUUUAAUGUGGCUUGUGUAUCAUGUUGGCUUGAAUGGUUCUCAUGCCAAAUGUCUUCAAGUUAUGAUUAUGUCCCAAGCCUAUGGUAGACCAUUUGGCCAGCAGUUAUCAUGCGACAUGGCCGUUUUAAAGUUGCCAGUUGGCCCCAUACCACAUGAAGAUUUGUAUCCAGUUGGCUUUACAGAUAAUUGCACACUGGGCCAACCUUUGUUUCUUGUCAUAUAGAAGUCGUAUACCCACUUACUAAUUAUUAGAAAAUGACUAUGGCCAGACUAGAGGACAGGAAUGUGGCAAUACAUUUCAUGUUGAGUGCCUUCAGCAGAAACGUUUUAAUACGUUCAUUUAAAGAAUUAUGUUUAGUGGAGCUCCACAAAAGAAAGGUUUAUCUUCUAGAAUCAUUCCAACUACCUGGGGUAUUAUCGAUAAAAAUGUUCAUGUGAAAUCCCACCUUUCUUUCAUUCAACAGACUAUCAAACUACAUUUUGCCUGCAGAGUCCAGGGACCUGGGCACACCUUUCCAUAUCAAGAUCUUACAACUAAUCCAAAAUGUCGAUUGAUUACAUCAAGUACACAACUCAUAUCAUCAAUACCAUAGCUGAGUUGGCUUCCAUCCCCAGUGUUUUCUCUAAUAAGUGGCUUAAAAAGUUACAUUAACGCUAUUAUCUUCCUAAUCUAAUUUAUUUAACUUAUUAGCAAACAGGUUUUAAAGCCAUGAGUUUCAAAAACAAUAUGUUCAAUUUAUGAGGGAAUACACUAAAAGAGAAAAGAACAAUAAACAUCCUAGUUUGCUGGUAACUAGAUGUAGUGGCUGAAGUACAGACUCUAAAAUAUUUUAUUUUAUUAAAAAUGUCUUAGAACAUUACGCCAAAAGAAAAAAAAAAUAGAACACUGAACAGCCAAACUUUUAUCACUGAAGACAAGGGACCAAUUUCAUCACUCAUGUGCAGGAUUCCUACUAAAUCAAUAGGCUAUAUUUAUUUGAUGGCUGAAUGGCCUCAAUGGCUUUGGCAACAAGAACACUUUAAGGGUAGUCCAAGCAACCAUAUUGAAGUCUUCUGUACUUCAGUCACCACUGUGCUUACAAUAAACAACACUACAGGCUACAUUAUAACUAUGUUAAGCUCCACUUAGGUCCUUGUGUUUUUAUUUCAAGUGUAUAUCCUUUUACAAAAAAUAAGGGCAGCCUAGAGUAUUGAUCAGUUUUCUCAACAAGUCACCAUGUAGUAGAUACAGUCCAGUGAGAUCAGAUCCAGUUUGUCAGUUAAUAUACUUAACUCUAAGAGAUCGUUUUAUACACAGACUUUGUGUAUGCAGGAAAUCCUGCGGUGGUCACUAUGUACAGUAAAUUUGGUGUCUCCUGAAGGUCAGUGAUGAAAUAUCCCUCUGGUGCCAUACAGUAUGUCUUCUGUGUUGGUGACAGCGGUUUAUGGAACGUGCCUCUUGCAGUGCUGUUUGCAUGGCUGGGUUUCUGGACCUAGGACAAAGUACCACCUGGAAUACUUUUAAAUAUUUCUAAAGUCUUAUGUAGUCUGUUAAAUUGAACCCACAUUUUGCCGUUAUGGUAAAUGCCAAAAAAAGGAAUUGUUCAUAAAAUGUUCACAAAAAAAAAAUACACUGAACAUUUUAAACAAGGGGGUUAUAUUAUAAAGUCAAAGUGUGGUACUUGAAACAUGGUGUGGAAACCCUUCCAUCAAUAAUGUUAUUAGUGAUCCAUAAGGAAUUUUCUUUCUGUUCAUUUUCUUCACCAGUUAAUUGGUUUCUGAAAUUCACCUUAUUAGGAGGUUACUGACAAUUAUGACUCCCCUCUUCUUUGCUAGUCACCACUAAAAAAAAUUGUGGGUGUCAUCCGAUAUUGUGGUGACUUCAAACUUUAGAUCUCGUUUUCUGUGGUGGUCAUCCGAGAAUACGGAUCUUUUCUUUUCUCGGUGGUUAACCAGAGAAUGUUAAUGAUUAUUUUGGUGAUUCCCAAAGAACUGCACCUUUCUCUAGUGGUGGUGACCAUCCAAACAUGCCUUGUCUUUGGUUGUCUUAAUUUUGGAGAUGGAUCUCUUCUCCUAUAGUAGUCUUUCUAUCCCUUGUAGUGGACACCAUGAAGUUUGGACCUUGUGUCUUUGGGUGGUCACUGUACAUACUAUGGAUCUCUCUCGUGUUGUGGGUGUAUUCCAAAUACAGCUUAAUCCACUUUGCUGUCUAUAUAAUUUCUUUUUUGAAAUGUUUAUUGUCUUUUUUUCUCUCACAAUAUGUAUCAGCUACUUUGCAUUGUCUGCCCCCUAUAAAAAGAUCUUCUUACUAGUAGAUAUUAUUAAUUUACUGUGUUUGACAAAAAACAAUAUCAAGUAAAAAUGUUGUGGAAACUC